UUUGGCCACAAUCUCCAGAGUCAAAAGAAUCUGAUCAAACCUCACUGGGACAGAAAGGAUUACCCGGGCAGCAGUGAGACGUCCCAACCAGUGAAGGUCUCCGGACAGAGAUGAAGUCACUUACCCACCUUGUACUGCUGUUCGCUUUGUGUGGUCUUGGGUACGGAGUUCCAAGAGAACUAACCUAUAUCCCUGAAGUAUUGCAAGCUACCACAUCAGGAAGAAUCACUCAGACAACAGCUGAACUUGAACAACCGUUCUGUGUGUUUGACGAUGUUGAAGCAACCUGCACCUUCUGUGAGGUUUGGUUGGUCGUCGAUAACAUAACAACAAAUUCAGCCUUUGACGUGAAUAACAAUCAUGUGAAUCCCUCUGACUUCAUGUCCCAAAAUUUUCAGACGAAUGGUUUUUACCUCACUGUUAAGACUGCGAGAAAUAAGUAUCAAUGCCUGUCAACUAUGUCUACUAAUAUUAUAGUCUACACCUUGCGAGUUGGAAAUGAAGUGCCCUGUACUACUGACAACUGCAAUGCACCUUUACCUACCGGUGCAACUUUCAGAGUGAGGUAUAUUUUGCUUAAUCCAUUUGUAAGCACUAACAACGUUUUUGCAGUUACACAGUGGUCCAGGAAUAUCAAGCUCCUGGAUGCUACAGAUCCCAAUACCAUUGACACCUCAGCACCUCGCACUGGGGGCAUGGUUGUUAUAACAACAAUACUCGUUAUUCUGCUGUUCUUGCUGCUGGCGCUGUUUAUCGCCAUGCUUGCCAUGGUUUGUUGCAGAAAAUCUGGCACGACCAAUUUCCAUGAACCUGUAAACACAUUUGGCUCCCUCCGCCGAUACAACACCCACAGCUUGCAAAACAAAGGAAACAUAAUCACUUCAAAGGGGAACAUCUAAAGCAACAUGGGUAAUGCUGAUACAGACUAUACACAUGAAUCCAGCAGUUUUCCUUCCCCUGUGAACCUCGCCCACUAUCUGAUUUCACAGCAAAAUAUCCCAAGUAACUUUGCGGUGUUAAUGUUUGGAACAAUGAAGUAUCCUUAUGCUGAUGAUCCAGACAUUUUGUGUGGAUAAUCCCAUGGUCAAUUUUUCUCCCUUUUAGAUAUCACAGGUCUCCUUUUUGAACAUAAGCAAAAUGCAUGUAAGUGAUAGAAAAAUGUUUUGUAUUUGCUGUUGAAGAAUGAUUGUUUUAAGCCUCCCACACUUGUCCACUCAGCCACUCACUGACAUUUUGACUACAGACACUAUUCCAACACUUACAGCAAGGAGAAACCUUUCUACCAUUGUAACAGAAUCCAAAUAUUGUACCUAAAAGUUGACUUAAUCUAUCACUUUUGCCUGUGCUUUUGACUGAUCCAACAUUGGUUCACACAGCACUAAAGCUGCUGCCCAGUUCUUGGCCUUUUCUGUGUGCUUGUGCAUCUGCCUUUCCUUAUCCAAAGGAUUGAUAAGUAGGCCAAUAUUGCUCCCUGAUUUGAGGACAAGCCUUUCACUUCCUCCAGUGCCUGUUGUCUCGCUCACUGUUUCAACAAAUGGGUUCGAUUCUGUUGGGUUUUCCUUGAAGUCUUGCGAAUGAAGAACUCACUGCAUUCCAUGUAUAAACUUUUACUUCCCUAUUGCUGCCCCAUUCUCUCUGAACCUUAUUAAAUAUUUUCUAAGCAGUUAAAGUGCCCUUUCACUAUUAGAUUUUUUUAAACAGUAUGCUGCUGGGUCAAGGUGCUGUUUUGUCAAUCUCGUACUGGAGUUUCCACAUGCAUCAAGUAUAUAUUGAGAUGAAAACACAGCAGCCUUUGGUGUACACUGCUCAGUCCAGUCACACACAACCCUGUGCUAGAAUAAACUAGAAUGGAAAACUGACCAUAUCGCUAAACUUUUGAAUUGAGGAUUUUCUCCAGUGCCUUGGAGACUGCUAAAACUUGGAGAAUUUUGAACGUUUUUUCUCUUUGCACUGCAAACAAGGCAUUGCAUAAAUAAAGACCCAAAGCCAAGUGGAUAUUGUGGAGUUUGGUUUGAGAAUCUUUAGAAUGGGAAGAGAUGAAGAGGGAAAUGUGUGGCAGGUGAGAACUGUUUCUCAUUUCAUGGCAUCACCUUUGGUACCUGAUGUCGAUAAACCUGUGAAUGAUGCUGUAAAGUGAGAGUAGGUUUGGACUCCCAACCCCAUAUGUUUCUAGCAUGAGCACACUAUUAAUACGGCAGCAUCUCAAUCUGAACUUUUAUAGUUGGACAUUAGCAGGCUGAUGACUUAAGGAGUCCAACCCUUCCUAAUUGUGAUUGAAUGUCCAAAGAAUUCCAAAAGUAAUACACCCAGCAUUACAUUCAUAGUACUAUUAUGGACUCCUGCGGCACAAACAAUGCUCUAACACACAGGCCGACAGUGACAUAAUAUAUACUAGCAUUCACAUUUUCCCCAUAUGGUAAAGUUAGUUAGUUAUGUCAUCCAGAAUGGAUAGAUAAUCCAGCCCAGCUUCUCCCCACAGUGAAGCAGGAAACGUCUGAGGUUUAGACACCUUUGCUUUGACAGUAGUAGGGGUCAAAGAAAAGGCAUAUAGACUGAUCUUGCCCAGCAGUAUAUGUGAAGUCAAUGUGAGAAAGCCCAGAGAGGAGAAGAUAUAAAUGGAACAAAAGUUGGAGAGUCGAACACAAUGAAUAAAACUGAAAAGUCCGGGAAAUGCUGAAUGGUUGGUUAGCAUUGAGAAGAACUACUGUCAGAUGUACCAAAACUUUGGAACACCACAGUUUACAAUCACAUGCUUUGUAACUUUUGAGACAAUCCACCCUUCAGUAGCUUUGUGAAGAACAUUUCUAUCCUCCCAACAUCUUGUCAUAAAGAGUAGGAAAAUCCCCAAAUACCGCAGAUUCCAGACAAUCAAACAGCAAAAAUUUCAAGCCGUUGGUCCCUUCCUCAAGACCAGGAGACAUUGCAGGAGAACAGCAGUAGAAUGACCUGACUGAUGUUAGCAGCAGAUAAAGGGAGAACUACUGAGAUCUAUCAAAGGCACAAAGGACACAUGGAUUGCCAAAGAGAGACUGUGGAAAGGCAAGCAUAACUAUUGGCUGAAGGAACAAGCUGUAGUGAGUGGCCCGGAAGUCUGCAGAAGGAGCUUGUUGUUCACAUGACAUUGAUUAGAUUUGCAAUGGUAUAUGAGUUCCGGGAAACACCUUAUAUGUGUAUGUGACUUUGAGAGCACUUUGAACACAAACACAGGGAAGUUGCUGCUUGCUGGUGCUAUCAAGUGAGGGCUCAGUUCUUCCCAAAGGCUUUAACAUUUUAAAAAUAAACUUAUUAUAAGUGAGCUUGUAUAAAAUAUCACCAGUGGAAGAUACUAAUCUAGAUGUGUGAUAGGUUGACGUGCCAAGUAAAUCUGCCCUGUUCUAUAAAGUAACAUUUCUUUAGCAUGAUAUUUUAUGGAAUACGUUUGUAUAUUACUAUGUUAUUGGGAUUCUUUUGUCCAUUCUGAAUGCUGUGGGGAUUGUUAUAUGUGUAAAAUGUAAACUUAUUCCUAAUAUAAAAUAAUAAAAGAACAGCUUAAAGUUAUUUGUGAAUAUUAUCUUUUAACUAUAAAAGUUUAUGAUAAGUUUAAUAAGUUUAUAAAAAUGGUAGGAAAUAUUCUGCACUAUCCUUGGCAAUUAUGAAUCUGCCAAUUAUCCUACGAUUUCAUAACAAUCUGCAUGUUCUAAGGGAGGGGAAGAAAGAAACUCUUUUUAUCAGAACCGUUACAUCCCCAUUAGACUUUUCCCCAUUUCCCCAGCAUUUCCCCAUUUACCCCAUUUCCCCAGCACUGCACUUUCUCUGUAGCUGUGACACUUUACUCUGUACUGUUAUUUUUUUACCUGCACUACAUCAAUGCACUCUGUACUAACUUGAUGUAACUGCACCGUGUAAUGAAUUGACCUGUAAGAUCGGUUUGUAAGACAAGUUUUUCACUGUACCUCGGUACAAGUGACAAUAAUAAAUCAAUAAACCAAUAAAAAACCA